AGUUUGUUGAUAAACACAAUCCGCGGCAAAUUCAGCCGCAUAGCCGCAACAAUAGAUGAAAUAAAAAUGUAAAUUUUGUGUGAAAAGUGUAAAUAUUUGUUCACUAUUAACAGAAGGAUUUGCCAUUUUUUAAACUGCUUUGUGUCACGAAUGUUUGAGCGCUCAGAAGGGGAAACAACGAUUAGAAAGUUCUUCACGCAAUUAGAAAGUUUAUCCCGGCAAGUUGUUAUCAGCAAAAAAAAACUGCAUCAAAUUGCAAAUAUCCGAAGGAACAUCAAAACCCCUGCAAGCUUUGCAAGCGCAUACGUUGCAUAUGCUGGUAUGACACCGACUCUGAACCAGCAUCAAUCAACGCUAUCCCCACCACUGCCACUGCCGCGGCUUGUUUCUAUCGAUGAUUUUAUCGGUUUAAAUUGAAAUCGUACCGUUCACCCCGAGACGAUGACGACGAUCUGGCAGAGCUUCUUGCGCAGUGGUGCGACAACAACGUUAGCGUUACGUCGCCGUCCUAUUCAUCGUCUCCCGCCCGGUGCUCGGUCGGGCCUUAUCUUCGCAGUCGGAAGUGAUUUGUGUUGCUGCGGAAAGCACAGCGCCUUCGCACACUGCCCUUUGUAGUGUGGUUCCAUGUGAUGCCGGUGGUUCAAGUGGCGCUUAAGUGGCAUCAUCGACAAACAGUAACAUUUCCACUCCUCCUCGUUCGACUUACUGCUCACUCAGCCAUCAAUGGAAGCGGUUGAUCAACAUUACAUAGCCACGCUCGACGUUGGCACAACGACCAUUCGGUGCUUCAUAUACGCGACAAGAACAAACGGGGAACCGGUCACGGUCGGUACCGCCUAUGACCACGUUGAUUUGAUUUAUCCAGCCCCGGGAUGGGUUGAAAUAAACCCAGAAAAACUAUGGACCAGCGUGUUGCAAACGAUCCGUAAAGCGACUGAAGAUGCGAACCUGUCUAUCGAUCAGCUCACCUGUUUGGCCAUAUCGACGCAAAGAAAUAGCUUCACUUGCUGGAAUCGCCACACGGGGCAGGUUUACCACAAUUUCAUCACCUGGAAGGAUUUGCGGGCCGACCAGCUAGUGCAGGACUGGAACAACAGCUUCACGUUGCGGUUGCUCAAGUUUGGAGCGAGCUUUUUACAUUUCUUCACCCGAAGCAAACGAUUUCUGGCCGGAAGUGUGAUCAAGCUGAUGAACCCGCAGGUAACACUACGGCUGUCUUGGGUGUUGCAAAACAAUCCGGCACUUCAAGAGGACCUCAAAAUUGGAAAUGUCCUUUACGGAACGAUCGAUUCCUGGUUGCUGUACCGCUUGCGCCAGGGAACCGAUCUCACUGGGCAGGUGGAGCAUAUAAGCGAUGUGACCAACUGCACCUCGACCGGAUUUUACGAUCCGUUCGGUCAGGAGUGGGCUGGUUGGGCAUUGAAACUAUUCUCCAUUAAGAAAGAGUUGCUGCCAAAGGUGGUUGACAAUUCGUACGACUUUGGCCACGUGCACGAAACACUGCUGGGAGCGAAAAUCAAAAUAGCCGCGUCGGUAAGCGACCAGUCUGCGUCGCUGUGGGGCAACUGUUGCUUCGAGCGCGGCGACGUGAAGGUCACGAUGGGAACAGGUUCCUUUCUGAACGUUAACACAGGAACAAAGUGCCUUGCCUCGGUGCACGGGCUGUAUCCGCUGAUAGGCUACAAGCUGCAAAGUGGAACUAGUGCGAGCGUGGACAUUAACUACCUCAUGGAGGGUGCGUCCAACGAUACGGGCUCCAUCAUCGAAUGGGCGCUCAAUGUGGGUUUGUUCGACGAUCCAGCAGAAAGUGCCACAAUGGCGAUGUCUGUGCCUAACUCGGACGGUGUCCUAUUCAUCCCUGCGUUCAGCGGGCUUGGUCCACCAAUUCAGGACGAUACGGCUGGAAGUGGAUUUAUCGGGAUAAGGCCCUCCACGCGGAAAGAACACAUGGUGCGAGCCCUACUGGAAAGCCUCGCCUUCCGUGUGGCCCUACUGUACGACUGUGCGCUGAAGGAAACGGGCUUCUCUUUCACCAGCAUCAAGGUCGAUGGGGGAGUUUCGAAGAACGAUUUCAUCUGCCAAACGCUGGCCGACCUAACGGGCAUUCAGGUAGAGCGUGGUGAAGUGACGGACUCAACUGCAAUGGGCGCGAUGUUUAUGGCCGGGCUAAAUUGUGGCAUCUGGAACACGAAGCGACAGCUGAACGAUGUGAGAAAGGUGGAGAGAAAGUUCGCCCCGGAUGUGACGCAGAGGGCAACGCGGCUUAAACAGAUGCGUGCUUGGGAGCGGGCGGUAGAUCGGUUUAAGAAAUGGUACAUACUGGAGGACAUUAAAAACCUAGACUGAUUAUGUGAUAUUUUUUAUAUAGCGGCGUGGCUUAGAACAAUAAAAAAUGGGCGAUUGUAGGGCUGCAAUCGCAUUGGCUUAAA